AUGGCGUUUCAGGGCAAGGCCGAGCCCGGAAAGACCAAGGUCGGGUUCGUGGGGCUGGGAAUCAUGGGAUAUGCCAUGUGCAAGCGCUUGGUCGAGGCCGGCUACGACGUCACUGUGUACAACCGCGAUUCGUCCAAGACCAAGCCGCUCGUCGACAUCGGCGCCAAGGCGGCCCCCACGGCGCGCGAGUGCGCCGCAGCCUCUGACGUCACGUUCGGCAUCGUCUCUGACCCGGAGGCUGCCCUCGCCGUCGCGUCGGGGCCCGACGGCGUCGCCGCCGGCAUGAGUACGGGCAAGGGCUACGUCGACGCCAGCACCGUCGACGCGGACACCUCGCGCGCCGUCGGCGAGCUCGUCAACAAGGCCGGGGGAGUCUAUCUUGAGGCCCCCGUGUCCGGCAGCAAGGGCCCCGCCGAGCAGGGCGCGCUGAUCUUCCUGUGCGCGGGCGACAAGGCGCUGUUCGAUUUCGUGGAGAACGGGCCGCUGGACGUCAUGGGCAAGGCGUCGUUCCACCUGGCGGACGACGUCGGCGCCGGCGCGCACAUGAAGCUGGUGGUCAACGGCGUGAUGGGGUCGAUGAUGGCGUCGUUCGCGGAGGGCAUGGCGCUCGCGGAGAAGACGGGGCUGAAGAAGGAGACCAUGGUCGAGGUUCUCGGCCUCGGCGCCAUGGCGUGCCCGCUGUUCGCGCUCAAGGGCCCGGCGAUGGCCAAGGGGCAGUUCCCGACGGCAUUCCCGCUCAAGCACCAGCAGAAGGACCUGCGGCUCGCGCUGCUGCUCGCGGACGAGGUCUCGCAGCAGAUGCCGGUCACCGCUGCCGCCAAUCAGCUGUACGUCAAGGCGCGGCACCAGGGCAUGGCCGACCAGGACAUGAGCGCGGUCAUGGUCGCGGUCGACCCCGAUGAGUCGUACUCCGACGACGUCGAGGCGUGA